AUGCCACGCUACAGAAACCGUGUAGCAUCAAAAGACAUGAAACAUCGCGCGCUCUCACGCUGCGAGGAAACAAACAGAGGCGUAAACAUGACUCUUUCCCAAGAAGAAGCGCAAAAGUCUACCGACAUGCAGCGCCAUACAAACCCGACACCUGCUGCCUGCCAGCAGGCCGAGGCUGAGGAGGCUGCCCGGCAGCAGGCUGAGGCUGAGGAGGCUGCCCGGCAGCAGGCUGAGGCUGAGGAGGCUGCCCGCCAGCAGGCCGAGGCUGAGGAGGCUGCCCGCCAGCAGGCCGAGGCUGAGGAGGCUGCCCGCCAGCAGGCUGAGGCUGAGGAGGCUGCCCGCCAGCAGGCUGAGGCUGAGGAGGCUGCCCGCCAGCAGGCCGAGGCUGAGGAGGCUGCCCGCCAGCAGGCUGAGGCUGAGGAGGCUGCCCGCCAGCAGGCCGAGGCUGAGGAGGCUGCCCGCCAGCAGGCUGAGGCUGAGGAGGCUGCCCGCCAGCAGGCUGAGGCUGAGGAGGCUGCCCGCCAGCAGGCCGAGGCUGAGGAGGCUGCCCGCCAGCAGGCUGAGGCUGAGGAGGCUGCCCGCCAGCAGGCUGAGGCUGAGGAGGCUGCCCGCCAGCAGGCUGAGGCUGAGGAGGCUGCCCGCCAGCAGGCUGAGGCUGAGGAGGCUGCCCGCCAGCAGGCCGAGGCUGAGGAGGCUGCCCGCCAGCAGGCCGAGGCUGAGGAGGCUGCCCGCCAGCAGGCCGAGGCUGAGGAGGCUGCCCGCCAGCAGGCCGAGGCUGAGGAGGCUGCCCGCCAGCAGGCUGAGGCUGAGGAGGCUGCCCGCCAGCAGGCCGAGGCUGAGGAGGCUGCCCGCCAGCAGGCCGAGGCUGAGGAGGCUGCCCGCCAGCAGGCUGAGGCUGAGGAGGCUGCCCGCCAGCAGGCUGAGGCUGAGGAGGCUGCCCGCCAGCAGGCCGAGGCUGAGGAGGCUGCCCGCCAGCAGGCCGAGGCUGAGGAGGCUGCCCGCCAGCAGGCCGAGGCUGAGGAGGCUGCCCGCCAGCAGGCUGAGGCUGAGGAGGCUGCCCGCCAGCAGGCCGAGGCUGAGGAGGCUGCCCGCCAGCAGGCUGAGGCUGAGGAGGCUGCCCGGCAGCAGGCUGAGGCUGAGGAGGCUGCCUGCCAGCAGGCCGAGGCUGAGGAGGCUGCCCGCCAGCAGGCCGAGGCUGAGGAGGCUGCCCGCCAGCAGGCCGAGGCUGAGGAGGCUGCCCGCCAGCAGGCCGAGGCUGAGGAGGCUGCCCGCCAGCAGGCCGAGGCUGAGGAGGCUGCCCGCCAGCAGGCCGAGGCUGAGGAGGCUGCCCGCCAGCAGGCUGAGGCUGAGGAGGCUGCCCGCCAGCAGGCCGAGGCUGAGGAGGCUGCCCGGCAGCAGGCUGAGGCUGAGGAGGCUGCCCGGCAGCAGGCCGAGGCUGAGGAGGCUGCCCGCCAGCAGGCUGAGGCUGAGGAGGCUGCCCGCCAGCAGGCCGAGGCUGAGGAGGCUGCCCGCCAGCAGGCUGAGGCUGAGGAGGCUGCCCGCCAGCAGGCCGAGGCUGAGGAGGCUGCCCGCCAGCAGGCCGAGGCUGAGGAGGCUGCCCGCCAGCAGGCUGAGGCUGAGGAGGCUGCCCGCCAGCAGGCCGAGGCUGAGGAGGCUGCCCGCCAGCAGGCCGAGGCUGAGGAGGCUGCCCGCCAGCAGGCCGAGGCUGAGGAGGCUGCCCGCCAGCAGGCUGAGGCUGAGGAGGCUGCCCGCCAGCAGGCCGAGGCUGAGGAGGCUGCCCGGCAGCAGGCUGAGGCUGAGGAGGCUGCCUGCCAGCAGGCCGAGGCUGAGGAGGCUGCCCGCCAGCAGGCCGAGGCUGAGGAGGCUGCCCGCCAGCAGGCCGAGGCUGAGGAGGCUGCCCGCCAGCAGGCCGAGGCUGAGGAGGCUGCCCGCCAGCAGGCUGAGGCUGAGGAGGCUGCCCGCCAGCAGGCCGAGGCUGAGGAGGCUGCCCGCCAGCAGGCCGAGGCUGAGGAGGCUGCCCGCCAGCAGGCUGAGGCUGAGGAGGCUGCCCGCCAGCAGGCCGAGGCUGAGGAGGCUGCCCGCCAGCAGGCUGAGGCUGAGGAGGCUGCCCGCCAGCAGGCCGAGGCUGAGGAGGCUGCCCGCCAGCAGGCCGAGGCUGAGGAGGCUGCCCGCCAGCAGGCUGAGGCUGAGGAGGCUGCCCGCCAGCAGGCCGAGGCUGAGGAGGCUGCCCGCCAGCAGGCUGAGGCUGAGGAGGCUGCCCGCCAGCAGGCUGAGGCUGAGGAGGCUGCCCGGCAGCAGGCUGAGGCUGAGGAGGCUGCCCGCCAGCAGGCCGAGGCUGAGGAGGCUGCCCGGCAGCAGGCCGAGGCUGAGGAGGCUGCCCGGCAGCAGGCUGAGGCUGAGGAGGCUGCCUGCCAGCAGGCCGAGGCUGAGGAGGCUGCCCGCCAGCAGGCUGAGGCUGAGGAGGCUGCCCGCCAGCAGGCCGAGGCUGAGGAGGCUGCCCGCCAGCAGGCUGAGGCUGAGGAGGCUGCCCGCCAGCAGGCUGAGGCUGAGGAGGCUGCCCGGCAGCAGGCUGAGGCUGAGGAGGCUGCCCGCCAGCAGGCCGAGGCUGAGGAGGCUGCCCGGCAGCAGGCUGAGGCUGAGGAGGCUGCCUGCCAGCAGGCCGAGGCUGAGGAGGCUGCCCGCCAGCAGGCUGAGGCUGAGGAGGCUGCCCGCCAGCAGGCCGAGGCUGAGGAGGCUGCCCGCCAGCAGGCUGAGGCUGAGGAGGCUGCCCGCCAGCAGGCCGAGGCUGAGGAGGCUGCCCGGCAGCAGGCUGAGGCUGAGGAGGCUGCCUGCCAGCAGGCCGAGGCUGAGGAGGCUGCCCGCCAGCAGGCCGAGGCUGAGGAGGCUGCCCGGCAGCAGGCUGAGGCUGAGGAGGCUGCCUGCCAGCAGGCCGAGGCUGAGGAGGCUGCCCGCCAGCAGGCCGAGGCUGAGGAGGCUGCCCGGCAGCAGGCUGAGGCUGAGGAGGCUGCCCGGCAGCAGGCUGAGGCUGAGGAGGCUGCCCGCCAGCAGGCCGAGGCUGAGGAGGCUGCCCGCCAGCAGGCUGAGGCUGAGGAGGCUGCCUGCCAGCAGGCCGAGGCUGAGGAGGCUGCCCGCCAGCAGGCUGAGGCUGAGGAGGCUGCCCGCCAGCAGGCCGAGGCUGAGGAGGCUGCCCGCCAGCAGGCCGAGGCUGAGGAGGCUGCCCGCCAGCAGGCCGAGGCUGAGGAGGCUGCCCGCCAGCAGGCUGAGGCUGAGGAGGCUGCCCGCCAGCAGGCCGAGGCUGAGGAGGCUGCCCGCCAGCAGGCUGAGGCUGAGGAGGCUGCCUGCCAGCAGGCCGAGGCUGAGGAGGCUGCCCGCCAGCAGGCUGAGGCUGAGGAGGCUGCCCGCCAGCAGGCCGAGGCUGAGGAGGCUGCCCGCCAGCAGGCCGAGGCUGAGGAGGCUGCCCGCCAGCAGGCUGAGGCUGAGGAGGCUGCCCGCCAGCAGGCCGAGGCUGAGGAGGCUGCCCGCCAGCAGGCUGAGGCUGAGGAGGCUGCCCGCCAGCAGGCCGAGGCUGAGGAGGCUGCCCGCCAGCAGGCUGAGGCUGAGGAGGCUGCCCGCCAGCAGGCCGAGGCUGAGGAGGCUGCCCGCCAGCAGGCCGAGGCUGAGGAGGCUGCCCGGCAGCAGGCUGAGGCUGAGGAGGCUGCCCGCCAGCAGGCCGAGUCUGAGGAGGCGGUAGUGUGUGCUGUGAAUGGUGCAGCGGGUUUGCGGUGUGUGGAUUACGAGGGCCGUGAAUGUUCCGCUGUGUCGGGGAAAGGGUCUAGCUGUUCAGGUGUAGAGACAGCUGCGCAGGUCAAGCGGAGAGGAAAGCAUAGGCGGGGGAGUUUUCCGGUACAUUUUGUUCAGAAGCGGGUGCGUGGAGCAUCUUCGGGUCGUGUUCUGCCAAAGACACUCUCUGUUGCGGAGUCGGAAGGGAAGAAACCGUUCUUGACGUCCUUUUUCUUUGCCUUUCUGGCUGUUUUCCUGGUGUGCGGUGUGCUGCUGCGAUGA